GACGAGCCGCUGAGUUCCAGACAUUUCUGAAUAUACGACUGAAACAUUUAAAUUUGUUAAUGACAGUACGCCGCAGAGAAAUUUACCGACCUCUCUCACCUUUGGUUCCAUAAAGAAGUGGGAAAUUCUUUCCGCGAAUAUGUUAUCUAUGCUCGUUGUACUACGUUUCAUCUGUGGUUACUGCUUCUCGGAAAUAGGUUACCAUUUCAGUUCCCUUUAAUUUGGGUACACUGAAGAAGUAUGCCUUAUGCCUGCUCUGAGGAGAAUGAGUUACAGUUCGAAAACUGUUAGGUUGUGAACCGAGAUUAAGUUGUUUGUUUGCGUGGGUGUUCAGUGUAGUAAUAUCAGAUAUUAAUCAGAUCAAACUAAAAAUGAGAUUGAACUGCAACCUUAAAAUUCCAGCCAGAGUCCCACAGAAAGAGCCUGUUCCUUUCAAAGAAAUCUUACCAUUGAGAUUGAAGGAAACAGUUUCAGGAAAAGGGGACAAAACUUCAGAUGUUGCCUGCUUACAUGAGAUGUCUAUUAUGUUUGCUUGCUUCAAGAACAAUGAAUUCAAUCAAGAAUUAUGUUCCAAAGAGAUCAGCUCUUUCCAGAAUUGUUACAAAGACUUUCAGAACAAGAAGAAUAUAAAGAAAAGGCAGGAGCAGAAAGGCAUUUUGAUACCAGGUGAAAAGAAUCUUACACACAAGCAGUUGAAUACUUUACUAAGAAGAUUUCCUCCACAAUGAUUAGCACUGUUAGAAUGCCAAGAAGUUACCUGUAAUUCAUUUUCUUGUACUGAAGCAUGGUGGAAUACUUUGUCAGUAGUGUACCUUCAUAUAAUUUUCCGGCUGCAAGGUGUAGUUUUUAAAUCACUGAAAAUAUUGUGUGAUUCAUGUAAUUUUUCUAAACUUUCACAGUAAUAAACCAUGUGGAAGGAUCCCAUUUGUUUACCAUCA